AUGGCGGCUCCACCCAUUUUCAGAUCUUCCUUCCUCUCCACCAAACCCCCUCCGCAGGCCAGUCCCAUCCCUCGCGCCGCCCCUCACGCCGCCUUCACCAUCCGCGCCACCGCCACCUCCUCCGACCAUCCUUCCCCCGCCGCAUCCGCCUCCGCCCCGCUCAAGCACCGCCGCCCCGCGGACGAGAACAUCCGCGACGAGGCCCGCCGCCGCGCCUCGUCCCACGGCUUCUCCGCCAAGUAUGUUCCCUUCAACGCCGACCCAUCCUCCACCGAGUCAUACUCCCUCGACGAGAUCGUCUACCGCAGCCGCUCAGGCGGCCUCCUCGACGUCCAGCACGACAUGGACGCGCUCCGCAAGUUCGACGGCGAGUACUGGCGCUCCCUCUUCGACUCGCGCGUGGGCAAGACCACCUGGCCGUACGGGUCGGGCGUCUGGUCCAAGAAGGAGUGGGUCCUGCCCGAGAUCGACGGCGACGACAUCGUGAGCGCCUUCGAGGGGAACUCCAACCUCUUCUGGGCCGAGCGUUUUGGCAAACAGUUCCUGGGUAUGAGCGAUUUGUGGGUCAAACACUGCGGGAUUAGCCACACGGGCAGCUUCAAGGACCUGGGCAUGACCGUCUUGGUCAGCCAGGUCAAUAGGCUCCGUAAAAUGAACCGACCAUUGGUGGGCGUUGGCUGUGCCUCCACGGGUGACACGUCUGCCGCCCUAUCCGCCUACUGUGCUUCCGCAGGAAUCCCAUCCAUCGUUUUCCUUCCGGCCAAUAGGAUCUCAAUUGCCCAGCUUGUUCAGCCAAUUGCAAACGGUGCGUUUGUUCUGAGUAUCGAUACUGAUUUCGAUGGCUGUAUGCAGUUGAUUCGUGAGGUCACGGCCGAGCUGCCUAUUUACCUGGCCAAUUCAUUGAACAGCUUGAGGCUCGAGGGCCAGAAAACUGCCGCAAUUGAAAUUCUGCAGCAGUUUGACUGGCAGGUGCCUGACUGGGUGAUUGUCCCUGGUGGAAACCUUGGAAAUAUAUAUGCCUUUUACAAAGGCUUCCGAAUGUGCAAAGAACUCGGGCUCGUGGAUAGGAUUCCGAGGCUCGUGUGCGCUCAGGCCGCGAAUGCUAAUCCUCUUUACUUGCAUUACAAAUCGGGUUGGAAGGAUUUUAAGGCUGUUAAGGCCGAAACAACAUUUGCCUCGGCCAUUCAGAUUGGGGACCCGGUUUCUAUUGAUAGGGCAGUUUUUGCCUUGAAAAAUUCAAAUGGGAUUGUUGAGGAGGCAACUGAGGAGGAAUUGAUGGAUGCCAUGGCACAGGCGGACUCGACUGGGAUGUUUAUCUGCCCCCAUACUGGUGUGGCUUUGACUGCACUGAUUAAGUUGAGGAAUAGUGGAAUUAUUGGGCCCACAGAUAGAACAGUCGUGGUGAGUACGGCUCACGGACUGAAGUUCACACAGUCCAAGAUCGAUUACCAUUCGGGGGAGAUUAAGGAUAUGACUUGCCGGUAUGCAAACCCGCCCGUGCAGGUGAAGGCAGAUUUUGGUUCGGUUAUGGAUGUGUUGAAGAAAUAUCUACUCAGCAAGGAUUCUUGA